AUGAUAUACCACGAGAUAAGGUUUCCUAUCGUCAUCCUCAAUGCAUCUGGAAUCAAUCGAUUUGUUCGGUAUGCACAUAUAGCACCGGCACCGCCGCUGCGUACCAGUGUAACCGGGAGAAGGAGAGACCGGGGGUGGGCGGGUGGCGCCAGAGGGCUUGCUCGUCCAACGCCGCGCGCCAGAGGGCGCUGCCUGGCGUCGCUGCGUCCUCGGCCGCUGCGUCGACGUUGCUGUAGUGUCGUGGGCUGGUCGUGCUACCGGUGCCGCCGCGGUGGAGAUCGCCGUUCUAGGCGCCGGCCAUUGGUUACCCCGAGGACACGCCACCUGUACUGGAGGGUAUGCCGCGCCGUGGUCGUGCUCCGCCUGAGGGAGGAGCGCCGCGUCGAAUGCUGCAUCCGAGAGGUGGAGGACGCCGUCGUCGCCAAACGCCGAGAAGCAUGUCCAUUGAUUACUGCUGUGGACGGGAAUAUGGCUAAUCGAAUCGGCGGCAUUCUUCUCUUCUCCUGUGGCCAUUUCUCAGCGGAGAGCAAAAGUGCUGAUAACGUGUUAGAGAAAAUCGAGAGAGAGGAGCGAAUGGAAAACAGAUAUAUGAAUGAACAGUUAUUCUAUUGAUUGAA